CUAUAAUGAAAACUAAUUCACCUACCAUUCAAUUUUGGGAUGAUUCUUCCUGAACUGUCUCUGAAGAGUACAGUGAGUCUCCUCCAAAAAAUAAUGUUUAUCAUUGGAAAGGGAAUGCCAAUAUCCUCUGAGAUGUCACCGGAAAAUCAAAAAGCUCAUCAGCAAUUUCGAAGCAGCCUAUCUUAGCUGAGGACUCUUGCUCUCAAGAAUCAAAGGGAAAAAUUGAGAGAAGAAGCAUUGAGUGAUCAAAGCAGACUUUUAUACUUCCCCAAGACUCAACGGGCCGUGGAUCUUGCUUCAAAGUUAUGAAAAGACUCAGAAAGUCUUCGUCAUCAGAUGUACUUCACUUUCCUAGGAACUCUGAAAAAACAAAGUCUCUGAAUUGGAAAGAAAAAUGUGAGGAGAACCAAAUGAUUCCUUCGUCAAGAAUCCUCCUCCUGCUCCACAAGAAGUCUUAAUUCUUCUCAAAUCUAUCAAAGAGGAAGCUGCUAUUAGACCAAUAAUCCUAAUUUUUCAUA